GUGAGAUUCUUGAACUUUGAUUGAACCUUUGAGAUUGAGUUAAGUUCUCCUCCUACAGCUUACCCCCUAGUGCGUCGAAAGCCAUAGCGUCGCGAAUACUUCAUCAAUCAACGUGAUUCAAAUUGGGAACGGUAGCUGAGAUUAAGAGCUACAACAUAUCCAAGUUUCGCGACAUUCCAACGGCUAGUUGUUUGUCGACGUCGUUUCUUGUGAAGACGACUUUUCUGUCCAGAAUUUCGGAUUUAUAUUUUGAGUAAUUCUAGCUCCUAAGUUCACCUAGACUCUGUCCUUAAUCCUAACAAGUGGUAUCAGAGCGAUAUUAAGGACAUUGAGAGGAGUCUACAGAAGUGUGAAGACCCUUCUAGACCCACCAUGGCCUGUGGGUGUGCCUAAGUGGUGUUCUAAAGGUUGGAUGUGUCUUCCGCUAAGGGGAAACUCUGCCGAAAUUUCGUGGACGCCGACACUUGUGAAAAUAUCGAGGGAGCUGAGUGUGGACAGCAAAGGGGAGCUGAAAUUCGUCAUUUCUCAAGGAGAAGAUGAAUGAGAGAGGAGGAGAUGCUAAUGGAAGAGGAGCUGUAGCUGAGAAGACAACAGCGUCAGGUGCUUUGCUCCCCGUGAUUGGUGUUGGGAAUGCCAAGGUUAAGGGAGCUAAUGGGGAGCUUGUGGGGCUUGGGAAUGUUCUGCUGGUUAAAGGCUUGUCUGCUAACCUUCUCUCUGUGCGGCGACUGCAGAAGAGUAAGGCCGAAGUGACCUUUGGACCAACCAGCUGCCGUGCUAAGCUUGGGAAGAAGGUGCUGUGGAGUCUGGAAGAGGAGACCAGCUGCAUCAAGGACCUUGUGGUCUCACGCCCUAGUCAUGAGCAGCUGGAAGCGGCCAAGAGGUUGGUCCGCUAUGUGAGUGCUACGGCAUCAGUGGGAUUGGAGUACAGUGGAGUGAGGCAGCGGUUGCAGAGAGGUGCUGCAGAUGUGAAGAGUGGAGAGAUGCUCUUGAGUUGCUAUACUGACGCUAGCUUCAACUCAGUGAAAGCGGAUGGCACCAGCAUUGGGGGUUAUGUGUGCUUGCUAGGAGGUGGUGCUCUCGCCAAGAAUGCUUGUCUGCAUGGGCUGACAAAACACAUAAGGCCUAAGUGGCAUUGGGUGAGGAGACUCCUUGAUAAGGAGGUGCGGCUGGAGAUAGUGAAGACCCAUCAGCAGGCAGCAGAUAUUUUCACCAAGCGUCUGGCGGAGGCGGAUCAUUGGAAGGGCAUGAAGCUUGCUGGGAUGAGUGUGCAUUGAGUAUGCAUGCUUGAGAUGUGGUAUGGUCGAUGAUGGUUGGCAGCCAGAGGGGGAGAUUGUUGUGUGAUGUCAUCAUAUGCUAUCACAUUCUGUCUGCCUCCCAUCCCAUGUUUUUCAACUUGCAUGUGUGGUUUGAAUGUGCAAGCAUUUGUGUGUGGUGUGUUCUGGAGUUUGGGAAUGUGUUUUGUGUUAUUUUGUUUGAGCAGAUUCUUGAACUUUGAUUGAACUCUUGAGAUUGAGUUAAGUUCUCCUCCUACAGCUUACCCCCUAGUGCGUCGAAAGCCAUAGCGUCGCGAAUACUUCAUCAAUCAACGUGAUUCAAAUUGGGAACGGUAGCUGAGAUUAAGAGCUACAACAUAUCCAAGUUUCGCGACAUUCCAACGGCU